GAUGGCAGUUCGGAGCUUUCAUGUGUAGGGCGACGCCAUAUUUGCAGGGCGUGGCUGUCUGUGCGUCUGUCAACACGUUGGUUGUUAUAGCUGUGGACAGGUACAUUGCUAUUUGUCACGUGAUGAGACAACGGAAUACCAAGAGAAUGGCUAGAGUGAUUUUGUUCUUCAUCUGGUUUGUGGCGCUUCUACUGAUGACACCCUGGGCUGUAUACUACAAGCUGGAAAAGUACAACAGCACAGUCCAAACGUUCGAUGUGUGCGUCGAAGACUUCCCAAAGAAAGUGCACGAAAAAGCAUUUUUCCUUGGUGUCAUAUUUCUUAUGUGCUACGCCAUGCCAUUAGUUUUCAUAGUGGCCUGUUAUUCUAUGAUUUGUUACCGUGUGUGGCACAGAAACGCUCCAGGUAUUACUUCCAGUAGAGGAGUGAUUGAAAGAUCAAAAGUACGUGUCCUAAAGAUGUUGAUAGUUGUGGUUCUCUUGUUCAUGUUCUCCUGGAUGCCGUUGUAUAUUAUACGCCUGAAAGUGCUUUUUGACGAACAUAUCAAUGCAGAGGAAAUGUCCGUUAUUCAUGAAGUUGCAUUUCCGUUUGCGCAGUGGCUUGGUACUUCAAAUAGUUGCAUGAAUCCUUUAGUAUACUGUUUCUUCAGCCAAAAAAUCAGGAGCAGGAUUCGAGCUAUGCUUUGUUGCGCCAAACCAGAAACAAGGAGUCUAUACUCCUGCAGGUCCAUAUACAACAGUUCUCUGGAACCCCCCUCGAGCAUCAGACAGGCUAGGUAUAAAGCGGAUGCUUUUGCCAAUGGGCAUUCACGACACGGACAUUAUCACAAUGAUGGAAAUGUGUAUCAUCACCGAUCUUCGCGUUUGGAAACACUACGAACUUCGCGAACGGACACACAAAGGUCGCUGCGAUUAGAAGGAGAGCUCUGCCAGCUACAACAAAAUAACACCAGGUCCACUCAUGUCUAG